AUGUGCUUUGGAAACAGUCAGACACUCGACGACCCUACCCAACCUGCAGUACAUGCCGUCAAUCCGUGGGGUCGCAAGAUUAAUGACCCUACACAACAGCCCAUCCACAUCACCGAAUCCAAUGAGGCUCACAUGAGUGAGGUGCCGGGCCCAAAAGUGAAAGGGCGGAAAGCCAGCCACAAAGACCAGCCAGCUUUUGUGGAUGUAACCGAUCACGACGCAAAACCCGUAACGAGAAAACUGUCCAGCUCGGAAGCUGAUGCAGCGCGCCUCACACCUCAGAAGAGCGCCGAGAAAAAAUGGCGGAAGAAGAACCCAGGCUCGUCGACUUAUGGCUACGGCGCUGCAAUGGGUGCAGACUUUGCCGCCUCUGCGAUGUGA